GCAGCAGAACAGGAGCUGAGCAGAAGACGAGUGGAAGAUCGUUGGUAAGGGGCGGAGAAAAUGCAGAUCUUCGUGAAAACUCUGACCGGUAAAACUAUAACCCUAGAGGUUGAAUCCAGUGACACUAUUGACAAUGUCAAGGCCAAAAUUCAAGACAAGGAAGGAAUUCCACCGGACCAGCAAAGGCUAAUUUUUGCUGGUAAGCAGCUUGAAGAUGGUCGUACCCUUGCUGACUAUAACAUUCAGAAAGAGUCGACUCUGCAUUUGGUGCUGAGGCUUCGUGGUGGAAUUAUUGAACCAUCUUUGAUGGCUUUGGCCAGGAAGUACAAUCAGGACAAAAUGAUUUGCCGCAAGUGCUAUGCUCGUUUGCAUCCUCGUGCUGUCAAUUGCCGCAAAAAGAAGUGUGGCCACAGUAACCAGUUGAGGCCCAAGAAGAAGAUCAAGUAGAUGGUGAUUUUGAAGUCCUGGCAACAUGCAGCUGCUAAUGUUGAGAUCCUUGAGAAAAUCAUUAGAUAUGUUGUUGGGUUGCCUGUUCAAUUUACUCUAAAACAUUGACGUAUUUGUGUUUGAGCUAUAUCAAAGAUUUUGAGCUACUUUCAUUUUACUUAAUGAGCUAAAUUCUGUUGGUUACAUUACUAUAAGCUUUGUUAGAUGUGUAGUUAUAUAUAUGCUUUUAUCCAGCUA